GGGUAAUGAAAGGUGCAGGCGCUACAGUGCCCAUGAAAAUCAUAGUAGUUUGUAGUUUGAGCCGCUAGCAAUAGCAGUUGAACGUUACAGUUUAGUAUUACAUAUUGUAUAUACUUAGUUGUUAGCAUGCUUAUCGUUCGUUACUCUCGUGUUUUGGAAUAGCAACGACGAGUGCUAACGCGGACGACUAGUGCUGUUUAAAUUAGCAACAUGAGCCUCAAUGAGCAUUCAUUGCAAGCACUGUCCUGGAGGAAGCUCUAUUUGAGCCGAGCUAAACUCAAGGCUUCCAGCCGAACCUCUGCUCUGCUCUCCGGAUUCGCAAUGGUAGCAAUGGUGGAAGUGCAGCUGGACAACAACUACCCGUACCCGCCCGCCCUUCUCAUCGCCUUCAGCGCCUGCACCACCGUGCUAGUAGCCGUGCAUCUGUUCGCCCUCAUGGUCAGCACCUGCAUCCUGCCCAACAUCGAAGCCGUCAGCAACGUCCACAACCUCAACUCGGUCAACGAGUCCCCGCACGAGCGCAUGCACCGGCACAUAGAACUGGCGUGGGGCUUCUCCACUGUCAUCGGUACAUUGCUCUUCCUGGCUGAGGUGGUUCUUCUCUGUUGGGUCAAGUUCUUGCCUAUCAAGCCCAGCAAGUCCAGCAACAACAGCAUUUCCGCCGGCGUGGCCGCCGCCAUCACCUCCACAUCCAUCAUGGUGCCUUUCGGCUUGGUGUUCAUCAUGUUUGCUGUGCAUUUCUACCGCUCUUUGGUCAGCCACAAGACGGACAGACAGUUCCAGGAGCUGGAAGAGCUAUCCAACCUCACUAGGCUGCAGAACGAGCUGGACAAUAGAGGCGACUCCAUUUUGCGGUCUCCGAGCUCACAUUUCCCAUAGACCACAGCUAUUUUCUAAUUUUUGGUUUUCUGGGACCUCACUUCUCUAUGGUAAUACAGUAUAUAUACACGUAUACAUAUGUAUAUACAUACUGUAUGUAUACAGAUUUUAUUUUCGAGAUGUUUGCUCCACAUCAAUAAUGGUAUAAUUGCAUGAAACUUGAAACCACAAAGUCUUAACUGUGAAUGUUGUUUAUCCAUGCACUUGAACUUUGACCCCCGUGUCUUGCCUGCUGCAUUUAUUUACCUGUUGUUUUUGUUUCCCUGUAUUGUGGUCCACAAGUAAUUCAACUUUUAUUUAUGCUGCACACAAGUAAUCCAGCAUCGAAAGUACAUUUAAUGACAUUUAUACAGUUAAGUCAUGUUUUGUUGCUUUACAUGUGACGUUUGCUUUGAGUUUUUUACUGUAUAUUUUUGCAGAACGCAUUGACUGGAGAUGAAAACUGCGUUUUUAUUCAUAACAUAUCCAAGUCAUGAGGCAUGCAGUGAGACUUUAUAAUAUGUAUAAAGCCAAAAGCAAGCUGUCUGCAUAUAUUGAUGUAUAACAGUAUAACUUAUACUGUUGUGCGACCAAUUAAAUGUCUUAA